AAGGGGAAAGUUCUACUGGGUGGGAGCUGGGGAGCGGAGGCAUUCGAGUUGGGUCACACAUGCCUCAGCCGUGAUACAGAGCUUGCUGCCUCUCCUGCUCCAAGAGACAGGCAUAGAGACAGAGAUAGAAAGAGACAGAGAAGUUUCUACAGGACAGAACAGAGUGUGGGACAGAAAGUAAACAGCAGAUUAGAAGUGAGUGUACUGUUCCUUUGGCCCAGAGGCUGUCCAAUAAGAGAGAAGAGGAGGUGAAAGCUGAGUUGUUGAGUUGCAGGGUGGGCUCUGUAAUUUUUGUGUGGUGCUGUAUUUUUAUCCCGCGUGAGCGUGCGAGCACCGAGCAUUCUUCCAGAGACCAUGGCUGACUCAAUGGUGAAGCUGGACCGGUCGAUUCUGGCCGACGCGUCCUACAGUGACGACGAGGUGGCCCUGGUCGCCGCCGCCAGCGCUCCCGCUGUAGACUACGAUGACGACGACGACGAUGAGGAAGAGGAAGAUGACGAAGUGGUCAUCCGAGGGGCAGAGCUGGAAGCGGCCUCCGGGCCCCACGGCAAGAGCGAGGCGCAGGUGAACGGCGUCAUGGUGCUGUCCCUGCUGGACAAGAUCAUCGGUGUGGUGGACCAGAUCCAGACGACCCAGGGCAGCCUGGAGACCCGGCAGGAGGCCAUGGAGAAGGCUGUGUCGGGGAUCCAGGGGGAGCUGGCCAAGCUGGCCAAGAGCCACAGCGGCACGGCACACAGUGUGGACAAGAUGCUGGAGAAGGUGCGCAAGGUGAGCGUCAACGUGAAGUCGGUGCGGAGCAACCUGGAGAAGCAGGCGGGGCAGAUCAAGAAGCUGGAGAGCAACGAGAACGAGCUGCUCAAGAGACGACACUUCAAGAUACUCCUCUAUCAGGACGAAACAAAGCCCCCCAAACCCACAAAGUCCAAGUCCCCCGAGGCGGUGUGCGAGGCCGGGGUGGCGGCGGACGGCCUGGGGCAGAUCCCCGAAGGCGCCCCCGACCACGUCAACUCAGACGAGGAGGUGGAGAUCGAGGAGAUCGUCGAGGAGUCCCGCGCCGAGCGCAUCAAGCGCAGCGGCAAGCAGCGCGUCGACCACCUGAAGAAGGCCUUCUCCAAGGAGGAGAUGGAGAAGACCAAGCUGAAGACCAAGGAGAACCUGGCCAAGACCAAGCAGAGGACCCGCGAGAACCUGGAGAAGACGAAACUGCGGACCCGCAAGAACCUGGAGAAGACCAAGCACAGCCUGGAGAAGAAGAUGGGCAAGCUGAGCUCCCGCAUGACCCCCAACCUGGAGCGCAAGGAGAAGAUCAAGGUGGCCAAGGAGAAGGCCAAGGAGAAGGCCAAGCGCGGCCACCCCAAGACGUACGUGUACCGUGUGCCACCCUUCACCUUCCACGUGAAGAAGUUCCGCGACGGGGAGGAGGAGGAGGAAGAGGAGGAGGAGGUGGUGGUGGUGCAACACGACGAAGAGGACGUGGAGGAGGAAUCCGAGGAGGGUCUGGGGGAGGGCGAGAGAGGCGGCGUGGUUGUGGAGGAGGGGGAGCUGGUGAGGGUAGACAGCCCGGAGAGGGAUGCCCUUUUGCAGGUGAAGGAGGACUCUCAGCUGGUGGUGGUGGAGGACAACCACCUAAAAGUGCGCGGCAAUUAGAAACUGCCAUUGGUCCUCGUCCGUCAUCGAUGUGGUUACAGAGAGGGAUGACAUAGAAGGUUGGGAGAACGAAAGAUGUGGGGAAGUCACAAGUGGUUGGAAAUCAUAAGGACACAAUUUUAGUCAAACUAAACUUUCUGGACAUGAUCACAAUUUAUGCAAUCACAUAUUCAUGUUUUGUUUUUUUCUUACACUACAAGGUUGGUUGGUUUAUAUUUUCACAAUUUGCUCCUCUUAUGCGUGCCAUUAGUUGACAUUAGUUCAGUGGACUGCCAUCAUCGUUCGCUGCAGCAAAUAUGCUAUUUAUGUAGAUUCUAGGAAUGUUAGGAAAAAUAAGAAACGGAUGGACAUGGAGAAAAUGGUAGAAAAUAUAUUAUGCUUGUAGAAAAAGCUCUUGUAAAAUAUGCACCUAUAGGAAAAUAGAGGGUGUUAAUGGCAGGGUUUGAAUUGCAAUGAAUUGUAUACAGUCAUAAAUGCAUGGCUGAAUAAAAAAAGGGAUUUGCAACAAAAAAGGUAUGGUUUUGGGUUUGAAAGGAGGCAGGAGUGGAAGACAAGGGAAUUGUUGAUGUUUGUUUUUCCUUUACUGAAGCAUUUAUUAACACAUUACUGUUAUGUCCUGUGAUACCUCCUGCUCUAGAGGCCCCACUGGAACCUAGAGCUGUCUCUGACCGCUUGUCAAGAAGAUGUCAUAUUAAAGGAGGACAUAGGACAGAAGACAUGGUGCAAUGGAGAUUUUCCUUUUUAACACCCUGCCUUAAAAAAGUAUAGGUUAGGCUUUAUAUAUAUAUAGUAUUAAAAAUAACAAAUAAUGAAUUCAGACGGCAGAUUAUGAUCUCUUUAUAUGAAACUACUGAUGUAAGAAGCGUUUUAUAAGAAGCAAUGUUUGGAGUUGUACUAUAUUAUUUCAUUAACUUCUACUGAUUGUGUCUAAUCGCAACUAGUGGCAUCCGUAGCAUUUAGAUGUGAUGUCAUAAUUAGUAGUGCUUUUUCACUGUGCAUGCUAAUGCACUUUAAGUUAGUAUUAGCACGUUUGUAUUCAACAGUCGUAUACAUGGAAAUACAGUGUGCUGUUAGCACUUCAUAAUUCGGUGCUAUGUGAGUUUAACAUUACUAUUAAACGCUCAUGACGUGUUAAAUGUAAUUACAGGAAGAAAAAUAAUUGCCAUUUUUCUUGAAUUUCAGGACCAGGUGACAGCUUAAAGAUAAUCUAUAUCCAUGUAUAGAAGUAAAAUGUCAUGCUAGGUACUAGAUACAUCUGAAAGAACCAGAAGUGAAACACCAGAGAUUGUGAAUUGAAUUGGCGCUCGUAUGUAAUAAUGUCAUGUCCAGAGAAUUUCAAAACUCAGUGAAAAACGUGUGACACAUAUUGUGCUUAUAAUAACCGGAGAAAGCAGAAUGUAGAAAGAUAAUGUCAACAUCCUGCUGGAUAUUAUUAUUUCAAGCCACCAGGUCAAUGAUAAAUAAUGAAUUAUGCUGUGGAGUGCAUGGUGCUUAAGACAUUAUGAAUGCUGCUGAAAACAUUAAAUAACUAAAUACCAUA